GGAAGUUUGACGAUCAGAGGAUGAGAUCAUUGCAAAGAAUGAUAUACGCCAACACAGGAACCCAUGAAAAGACUGACAGAAGUCCUCAACUUUAAGUUGACAGAAUGCUGAUGAACCACACAAACCAAACGGAGGACGACCUCUUCUCCUGCUACAGUCCCUCAGUUGUAGGCUACCGGUACUUUGCUGUGCUGUGGGGAUGUGCGGUGACCAUCACUGGUACGGUGGGGAACCUGAUGACCAUUCUAGCCUUCGCCUUAGACCCACGUCUGAGGACUCGCUUCAAUGUGCUAAUCGUCAACCUGGCUGUAGCUGAUCUCCUGUACUGCACCAUACUGCAGCCCAUCUCAGUCGACUCCUAUCUACACCUCAGAUGGCGCAGUGGUCAGCUCUGGUGCAGCAUCUUCGGCCUGCUCCUCUUCCUCUCCAACUCUGUCUCCAUUAUUACCCUCUGCCUGGUGGCAGUGAGCAGAUAUCUGUUGGUUGCAAAACGAACUGUGUUUGAUCGUGUCUUCUCUGACCGUGGUCUAACUUUACUCCUGGUCUCAGCGUGGGCUCUGGGCCUGGUCACUUUUGGCCCACUCUGGCCUGUUUACGUGUUCGUGCCACAGGUGUGCACAUGCAGCUUCCAUCGUACCAGGGGUCGCCCCUACACCACCAUCCUGCUCUUUUUCUACUUCUUUGUCGGGCUGGGCUGUGUUGGCGCAUUCUACCUGCUCGUUUACAGACGCGUCCAGAUUGCCUCACAGGCUCUGCUUCGCUACAGGCUCAGCCGCCGGUCAUCCAGGAAGAAACCGGCUUCUUCAGCACAAGGGACAGAUGAUAGUGGAGUAGAGAGUGGCAUGGCCAACACGUGUAGCUGUGAGAUGAGCAGCCAGGCGGAUAUAACCCAAAAUAAGGAUGAGAUCACCUCCAUAAAGCCACCCCCAUCUACCCAGGGUACUGCCACAGCCUUAAAUUCAUCAACAGCCAACAAGUCUCCACCUGAAAUUGUCCGUGCACCACUUGUAUCCACACCUGCACCCACCACUGAAGCAUCUUCAUCCCACUCAGCAACUUCAGGAGAUGAUGGUGAAUUUAAGCGAGUGACUCGUAUGUGCUUCACUGUUUUUCUGUGUUUCGUCUUUUGCUUUGUCCCGUUCCUGUUGCUCAACAUAGUUGACAAACAUAACCGCGCCCCACAGGUACUGCACAUGCUCUGUGCAAACCUCACCUGGCUCAACAGCUGUAUCAACCCAGUGCUCUAUGCUGUCAUGAACAGACAAUUUCGACAGGCCUACCAUGUGCUGCUCACCAGGGCUGCUGCACCUUUCACCGGCCUCUGGAUGUGGUAGCCAGCUUACAGUUCCUGAUGUAAACUGGCUCAUUUUUACCUGAUGAUACUAGAAGAAAACUCAGGGAUCACCAAAGUUACUACAUUUCAACCUAAGAGGAAGGUGAAUGUCUGUAUUAAAUCCAAUCCAUCAAACAACUGUCACAACAUGUCAUUACAAAAAAAAUCUUAUGAUAGCAUCUGAGGCCAAGUUAAUUUAGAUUUUAUUCUGCACUGUCAGGAAUUAAUUGUGAUCCUUUACUGUUUUCUAUUAUAUCAUUAUACAUGAACUUGGUUAACCAGCACUAAGGUUCAAAGUGCAAAGAAUAGCACAGAGGACACAUUAAAGUCUAAUAACUUUUCUCUGUGUGGAAAUACUGCCUUGAUAUGCGUUACCAGAUAAACUUCAUGGUCUCACUGUCACAUAUAUUGACGUGUUCACAACAGAGACAGUGCCGUCAGAUUUUACACUAGUGAGGUACAUACAUAUAAUGUUAUGAUAUUCACUCUGAUUUAAUGUGUGGCAUAAUAAAUCAUAAUA